AUGCCCAAGAUAAUUCUACCAUCCAGAUCGCGGCAAAAAGACAAUGUGUUCCUGCAACCUUGGCUCGAAACACGCCUGGAAGAACGUCAAGACCGCACCUAUGCUAGCCUCGCAGCAUUGCAACCGCCCGUGUUCGGCUUCAUUCCCAAGCUUUCGGAGAAGGAAAUGGCAAAACCGCUCACGAGUGCGGAAAUCCUAGGCAACCCGUGCCAUUUUGUCAAGAUCACCAAGUUCUACGGCGUGGAUGCGUUCAACGUCUUUGCCUCGGUGAGGGACGAUAGAUAUCAGAUCCUUGUUGAGUUCACACCCCGUUGCGUAUCGGAAUUCGAGCGGAGACACCGUUCCAGGAUCACAUGCGACACUGUUAACUCUUUAUGUGUCAUAGGCGACUGUAAAUUGUUCUACAGAGAACGCUCGUACGUCUUGAAAUAUUACAAGCUAGACAUCGCCAGUUUCAAAACUACAACCAAUCGCACACUGCGAAGAGUACCAGUGCUCGUGGUGAACCAAAUCUCGAGGUUCGAAAUGGAUCAAGUUGGCACUCUUGAUCAGUAUCCAUUCAUAUAUAACGUUCUUUGA